ACAAGAAGGACAAAAGAAACUGGACUGGUCAGAUGAGGAGCAGCAAUUUAAUAUUAUUAAAAGUAAAAGUAUACCGAGCUCCGGUAUUGGCUUUACCCACCCUGAAGGAACCGUUCCAGUUAUAUGUUAAUAGCGCCGGCGGAAUUGCCCAGGGUGUGCUUACCCAGCUGCAGGCAGGGAAACGUCAGCCGGUUGCAUUUUUGUCAAAAAUGUUAGAUCCCGUGUCACGUGGAUGGCCGACCUGUAUCCAGGCAGUGGCAGCUACGGCAAUGUUAGUAGAAGAGGCCCGAAAACUUACCUUUGGAGGAAGGAUCACAGUAUACUCCCCACAUUCGGUUAGUGCCAUACUGGCUCAGAAGGCUCACCGCUGGUUAACAGACUCUCGUAUCCUGAAGUAUGAGACGAUUUUGAUGACCGGAGACGAUCUCAAUUUUGCAGAAGAUCUCAGUUGCAACCCUGCCCAGGUUCUAUACGGACGUCCUGCAGAUGGGGAACAGGAGCAUGAUUGUGUGGAAUUUGUGGACUUGCAGACCAAAAGCCGAGAGGACCUGCAAGAGGCCCCGCUGGGUGAAGGACAGGAAUUGUACAUCGACAGGUCCUCCCGGUGCAUCAGUGGGGUACGGUACAGUGGCUAUGCUGUCGUAGAUGGCGCAACGAAACGGACGAUCGAGUCCGGACGACUGCCCGGGAAGUGGUCAGCCCAAUCCUGUGAGUUGUACGCCCUCCAGAGGGCCCUGAAGCUGUUGGAAGGGAAAGUGGGGACCAUAUAUACUGACUCAAAGUAUGCAUACGGAAUCGUUCAUACUUUCGGGAAAAUCUGGAAAGAGCGAGAAUUGAUAACUUCCCGGGGAAAAGAAUUAGCUCACAAACAAAUCAUCAGCCUAACGUUGCAAGCCCUGGCGUUACCUACGGAACUUGCAGUAGUCCAUGUACCCGGUCACCAGAAGGGGUCGACACCGGAAGCGGUGGGAAACCGGCUGGCAGACGAGGAAGCCAAGCGGGCAGCGGUCGAAAAAGCCGUCCAAUUAUUAACAUUAAUACCGUUGAGGGAAGGGCUCGCUAAACAACCCGUCUUCACCCAGGGGGAGAUUGAUAAAAUGGAUCAAUUGGGUGCCCGGCUAGAAACUAACGGGAAGUGGACGGUUCCUGAUAGGAGACAAGUACUGAACAAACAGAUCACCAGGGGUAUUCUGCACCGAUUACACCAUCAGACCCACUGGGGGGUGCAAGCCAUGUGUGACACAAUCCUGAGAGACUAUGUAUGCAAGGGGAUAUACACAUUAGCCCAACAAGAGGUAGUCGGAUACCCCACUUGCCGGCGUAUUAAUCAGAAAACCAUGCGUUCUAUGCCAGCCGGUGGUCAGCCCCUCGCGAUUAGGCCAUUUCAGAGGAUCCAAGUCGACUUUACAGAAUUACCCCCAGUACAGAGAUGGAAAUAUCUGCUAGUAAUAGUAGACCAUUUCACUCACUGGGUAGAGGCUCUCCCAACUGCCAAAGACGAUGCACCAACCGUGGCCCGACUGUUGUUAGAGAACAUAAUCCCGAGAUAUGGCAUAAUGGAAUCUAUCGACUCCGACUGCGGGACACAUUUUAUUUCUAAGCUACACCAUUUGAUCUGUACUACCCUGGGUAUCCAAUGGAAAUUCCACACACCCUGGCAUCCUCAGAGUUCGGGUCGAGUUGAGAGAAUGAAUGGCACGCGCAAGACCCAAUUGACUAAGCUGAUGUUAGAAACUAAGUUACCCUGGCCAAAGUGCCUGCCCAUUGCCCUAAUGAGGAUACGUACGGCACCUCGCCGAGAUGUCGGGGUUUCCCCCUAUGAAAUGCUCUUCGGAUUACCGUAUUGAAGUAAGGUUGAUGGAUGUCCCACUCUACAAGGGGGGGAUGUAUUUAUCCGAACCUAUUUACUGGCCUUAUCCCGUUCUUUUGCAGAACUCCGAAGGAAAGGUCUCCUGGCUCAGACUCCGCCGCUCGACUCCCUCCUGCAUAAGGUGGAGCCCGGAGAUUGGAUACUUGUUAAGACCUGGAAGGCCGAAA